AUGCCGCCCAAGCGCUUUCAAUUCGUCCUCAACCCUCUUUGGCCGCACUACUUGUCUUGGGCUUGUGUAGUCGCUGCCGUAGCUCUAGGGUUGGUGAGAUAUGGUCUAUAUGACUCAUCCGACCCAAGCCAUUGUCAUGCGCUACUGUCUGGUGGUCGAUGGCUGGACCCGCAUUUCAAGAAUUGGCAACCUGAUGGGUGCAUGAUGUACCAAUACAAAGAGAAGGAUGUGGGACAAUGUAUGAAGUCCAGGCGGAUUGUCUUCGCCGGAGACUCCGUCACACGACAACUCUACUUCCAAUUCGCAAACAUCGUGGACAAAACUCUUCCCUCGUCGCCCCCGGAUGAUGCCCAUAAACAUCAAGACCAUACCUAUACCUCUCGCUCGGACGUGCAGCUUAUAUUCAUCUGGGACCCGUUCCUAAAUGCCACUGGCACUCAACCCUUUCUUCACCCUGUCCCCCGUUCCUCCACACCACCACCAGCUCUCCUGGUUCUAGGGUCUGGUCUUUGGUAUCUCCGGUAUCCUGAAUCUGGCGGUCUCCCUGCAUGGGAGGCCAAGAUAGAGUCCACGCUGAGUGCACUCUCCGCCCCGAUCGCACCCCUCGCGGACGCCGUCGUCAUUCUACCCGUUGAAGACAUUAUUCCUCAUAAGCUCUCAAAGGAUCGUGCCGCCUCUAUGCACGCAUCCGAUAUUGACGCGAUGAACUCGGACCUCGUUCACCGCAUACAGCCACGCUCUCGCCGCGACGCGUUCGCGUUGCUCCCGCCUCUCUUCGCCAACGCGCUUCCAGGCGUCCCCGCGGCGCUCCCUCGCGUAUUCAACCAGAUGCUGCACCCAUCGCAGACCCUCGACGGACUCCACUUCUCGGACGCCGUCGUCAAGAUGCAAGCGCAGGUGCUAUUCAACAUGCAGUGUAAUGACGUCCUGCCGAAGUCAUUCCCCAUGGACAAGACUUGCUGCAGAUCAUACCCCUGGCCGAACGCGUUGCAUAUGCUCGUCCUCCUGGGUGCAAUCGGAUGGGGGCCUGUGUUAUGGUUGUCUGCUCGUCGGUUCAAUCCUCGAUUUACCACACUACCGAUGCUCAGGGACGAAGAGACACCUGCUUUGGUGUUUAGUCUGGCAGCUGCCUUUAUCUUCAUCGCGGAUAGAACGGGUUUCUGGCUCAAAGAGCAGAAACAAUUUGACCCUUGGACGUUUGGGUUCUUGAUGCUUUCCUUUUUAGGUCUCGGUUUGGCUACUGUGACUCGUGGUGACAAGGAUCUCGGAUUCCUCAAUAGAGAACAGACAGAUGAAUGGAAAGGAUGGAUGCAGAUCGCCAUCCUGAUCUACCACUACACCGGUGGUUCCAAAAUCUCUGGGAUUUAUAACCCGAUCCGAGUACUCGUCGCGGCGUAUCUUUUUAUGACCGGCUAUGGUCAUACGACGUACUACGUGAAAAAGGCUGACUUCGGUUUGCUUCGUGUCGCUCAAGUUCUGGUUCGCCUCAACUUGCUCACACUUCUCUUGGCCUACACCAUGGACGCCGACUAUCUCUUCUACUACUUUGCGCCGCUAGUAUCAUUCUGGUACCUCAUCAUCUACGGCACCAUGUUCAUCGGCUCUCAGUUCAAUGAACGCACACCGGUCCUUGUCAUCAAGAUCAUUCUUUCGAUGGUUGCGGUCACAUGGAUAAUGAGCCAACAAUGGAUGUUAGACAUCCUCUUCGAAGGUCUCGAACGAUUCUGCAACAUCCGGUGGUCCGCGAAGGAAUGGGCCUUUCGCGUCAAUCUCGACAUUUGGAUCGUCUACUUCGGGAUGUUUGCCGCUCUUGCGGUCAUCAAAGUCCGAGAGCUGCGCCUCACAGACGACCCUCGGUGGCCCCUUGCCGUUAGUGUGGCCGCCGGCAUAUCAGGAGUCGUCCUCCUUUGGUUUAUCGGCUUUGAGCUUUCUCAGCCGGACAAAUUCGCGUACAAUGCAUGGCAUCCUUACGUGUCCUUCCUCCCCGUCGGUGCCUUCGUCGUGCUGCGUAACGCCAACGCUAUUCUGCGAUCAAGCUCGUCCUGGGUAUUCGCCUUCAUCGGAACCUGCUCCCUCGAAACGUUCAUUAUCCAGUACCACCUGUGGCUCGCCGGCGACACCAAGGGCGUUCUCAAAGUCAUUCCUGGCCGCCACUCACGUCCUGUCAACCUGCUGCUGACCACCGUCAUCUUCAUCUACAUUUCCCACCUCGUGGCCAAAGCCACUGGCGACAUCACAAAUUGGAUCUGUGGCUCGACAAAGCCCCAGGCUGCAACACUGCCUACUACAGCCCAACAAGCACGACGUGUCCCACUAGGAAACGUCGAGGCCGAACGCGGAGAAGUUAUCUUUAUGGCCUCUCAGGAUGGCGAGGAAGAAGCGCAGAAGGAGGGUGGGCAGGGACCGCCCUCAGGAGAGCAACCUCAGCGCCGGUGGCUUGAUCGCCUCGCUGAGGCAUCCCAGCCGCCCCCUUCCCCCGGCUUCCGCGUCUGGUACGGGGAGUCGGAGUGGCAGCCCGGGAUGAAGGCGAAGUUGCUGAUGGGUGUUGGCGCGAUGUGGCUCGUCAAUGUCAUGUGGCCCCGACCGUGA